CGGCUGCCUGUGAAAAGGGAUGUUGUGGGGUUGUUGUUUUUUUUUAAUCUCUGUGAUCGGGACUCCCCCACCCCCCCGUAUUCAAAUAUAAAGCCUCCAUUGGCCAAAACGCACAGGAGGGCGUGACCCUGAAGCGGCCUAAAGAGGAGUUGUUCCCCAUUGGUUGGCUGGGGGAAAGGUGGGGCUAAGAAUCGGAGUCUCCCGCCGUUCCUUCUCCCCAGCAUGGAGAGCCGGCGGCGCCCCGGUGUUGGAGUCGGUGUGGUGAUCACUAGUUCCGCACACCCGGGUUGCGUCCUCCUCGGGCAGCGGAAAGGCCUGAUCGGCGGUGGCACCUUCCAGCUACCUGGAGGACACUUAGAAUUCGGUGAAAGCUUGGCAGAAUGUGCAGAGAGAGAGACCUUGGAAGAAACUGCUCUACACCUAACAAAUAUCCGCUUUGCUUCAACUGUAAAUAGUAUUAGUUUGAAGAAUAAGUACCACUAUGUCACUGUUCUAAUGAAAGGAGAGGUGGAUAUGAAUCGUGAAUCUGAACCGAGGAAUCUAGAACCGGAUAAGAAUGAAAGUUGGGAAUGGGUAAAGUGGGAAGAGUUUCCAUCAGCAGAUAAGCUGUUUUGGGCUUUACGCUGCUUAAAGGAGCAAAAUUACAACCCUUUCGAAGAAGACUUAAAUCACCUCAAAGGAUACACGGGAAAUCACCUUUAUGUAACAGAAGAAAGUGUGAUGUAACAGAAGGAAGUGAGAAACAGAUGAACUGUGUCGGAAAGGCUUGUUUCACAGAGAUCUAUGUUUUAAUAUAAUAAAGCUCUACCUGAUCCCUGUAGAA